AUGGCAGAUAUAGAAUCGCUCACAAUUCUCGGAGCGGUGACUAAUCCAUGCAGUCUGCCUUAUUACUCGAGUCUCAGCUCCCUGAUCGCGACUGACCCAUUAACUCAAUACCUUUGUACGGAGAAGUUCGACAUCAGUGUCCCUACUACGACGACUACUAUUGGCUUCGGUGCAACAACUACCGUAACAAUUAUCACCACUGCUACAACUACAAGCACCCCAGUCUCUACGAGCACCGACCGAGAGUCAGAAACCGUGACUGAGACUGCCGAUCCGACCACGUCGACCGUAACCACCUACUCAAGCAUCACCUCAACGGAAACCGACUUCGCUGUAGAAACGGAUUCAACAACAACAACACUAGUUGAAAAUACUGCCGUGUCUGUUUGUGCAUCCACUGCCUCCACAGCUGCCGCCGCAACUGAAAAGAAAAGGCGCGAUCAUACUCGUGGCGGGUGUGAUGGCGACAAAAAGGCCUCGCGCUCUCGCCCGGUAGCUGGUCUCAAGCCGACCCCGUACGUUCAAGAUGGCUCUGGCUCUGAUAGUGGCUUUCCCUCCGGCCCUUCGUACGGCAGCGAUGGUGGUAGUGAUGCACACGGUGGCCAGCUUCCUGCAUAUGCUGGGGGCAGUGGAGGCGGUCAUGGUUUUGAAGACUCCUACAAUGGCAAAGCUAGUCACCAAGGAAGCUAUGAUGAGAGUUCUGGGGGUGAUAGGGGUGGCAGCGGAUAUGAUGGUCACGAAAGCGGCCAAGGGGCCAGCCACAAUGGUAACAAUGGCGACUACGAUCUUGGUGGUAGCAACUCGAACUACAAGGGGAAUGGUGGUAACGAACCUGUUCAAGCGUCUCCAUACUAUGGAGAUAGUUGGCCUGAGACGACUCUUGACCCUUUCUACACUGACUCCGGCGGCCUGAGCCCAUACGAGCCGUGGUAUAGCACUGAGACUACCGCAUUCACCAAUCCAACGGAGACGAGCGUUCCGACCUUCGGGUCGACGACACCAACCAGUACUCCUACAGGUACCAGCAAAAGCACGGACGAGCCAACCUUGGACUCAAUUAUAUGCAGCUGCAUUGCCACUACCGUGACCUCCACUGUUACGUCGACGGGUCUAACCUCGACGGAGACUGAUACAGAUACUGCCAUCAUAACUGCGCCGACUUCCACUACGACGACGACGCAGACGGUAAAGAGCACAACGACUGAGACCCCCACCACGACACAGACCCUUACGAGUAGCACGAUAGUCGCUAGCACAACAAUCACACAAUUCACCUCAACGACCACGAGUACAGCCAUAACAACAAGCACUAACACGGGAACUGUCACCGUAUCUCAGGGCAUCUAUACAAGCCCUGCACCUGGAGGCGACGGCUGUGGUUGUACCUAUGAGGUGACCUGUGGACAAGGGUAUGAGGGCCCCGAGACCAGCGACCUCGUGACGUCCGAUUACCAGGACUGCAUCGACUACUGCAACAAGUCCAUAUAUUGCGAAUCCUUUGCAUUCGAUCUCGUCAGCGGAACAUGUUACCUGUAUAUUGGUGACGGCGGGUUCGGCGGUACCACCACCGUUUCCUUUCCGUACGCAGUCCAGGGAACCAGUGUGGCUUGCUCCGACCCGACUAGUCCUGAUUGUAAUUCAUGA